AAGGCAAGGCCCGCCCGACCCGAUCCCCAAAUCCCUCCUCUCCUCUCCGGCAACGGCGGCGUAUCUCACCACCUUCCAGCGCGCGGCGGCGGGGUCGGCAAGGCAAGGCAGGGCGACGCACCGACUGGCCGCGGGCGCUUGUGGCUGGCUGCCGUCAGUGCGUCCGCCGCUCCGUGCGCUGCUUCCUUCCUCCCCAGGGCACCUCCCGUGAGCCGCCAUCCCCCUCCCUCACCUACCUCUGGAUUCGCUCCAGAUCCGCCCAUGAGUAGGCCCCCUCGCCCACCGCCUGCUCGCCAUCGCGCCCCCACUCCACACCCCCACCAUGCCGAUCCCGACCUCUAGCCACGCCCGCUCCCAUGGAGGACGUCGCCGUGCCCGCCGCGCCUGCCCCCACGCUUAGCUCCGCGGCCGCAGGCCUCACGCUCUUCGCCGCCGCCGCCGUUGCCGAGGCCAUGGAGGAGGCUCUCGGCGCCGCGCUGCCGCCCCUCGCUGCCCCCGGCCCCGGAGACGAUGCCGACGCCUCCGCCUCCGCCUGCGGGAGCCCUUGCUCCGUCGCCAGCGACUGUAGCAGCGUUGCCAGCACCGACUUCGAGGGCUUCGCCGAGCAAGGCCCUGUGCUUGUCGCCGACGACCUCACGGCUGCCGCCGCCUCCGUCGCCGUCGCGGAGGCUGCCGAGCCGAGGGCUGCCAGGAGCGUGUUCGCCGUCGACUGCGUCCCGCUCUGGGGGCUGGAGUCCAUAUGCGGCCGCCGCCCGGAGAUGGAGGACGACUAUGUCGUCGUCCCGCGCUUUUUCGACGUUCCUCUGUGGAUGGUUGCCGGCGACGCGGCAGUCGACGGCCUCGACCGGGCGUCCUUCCGCCUUCCCGCCCAUUUCUUCGGCGUCUACGACGGCCACGGUGGAGUUCAGGUUGCCAAUCACUGCCGGCAGAGAAUCCACACCCUACUCACAGAGGAGCUGCGUAGAGCAGAGGAGGACGCGCGUGGCACUGACUUAUCUAGGGUAGAGUCCAAGAAGCUGUGGGAGAAGGCGUUCGUGGAUUGUUUCAGUCGUGUUGACGCUGAGGUGGGAGGAAAUGCGGCAGCUGGAGUGCAGCCUGUUGCUCCAGACACCGUAGGGUCAACCGCUGUGGUUGCAGUCGUUUGCUCAUCGCAUAUCAUUGUUGCCAACUGCGGUGACUCGCGUGCUGUGCUCUGCCGGGCCAAGCAGCCUCUGCCCUUGUCGCUAGAUCAUAAACCAAAUAGGGAAGAUGAGUACGCAAGGAUUGAGGCACAGGGUGGCAAGGUUAUCCAAUGGAAUGGUUAUCGAGUUCUUGGUGUUCUUGCCAUGUCGCGAUCAAUCGGGGACAAAUACCUGAAGCCUUAUAUAAUCCCGGUCCCUGAGGUGACAGUUGUUGCCCGUGCAAGAGACGAUGAUUGCCUUAUUCUUGCAAGUGAUGGUCUUUGGGAUGUAAUGUCGAAUGAAGAGGUGUGUGAUGCUGCUCGCAAGCGGAUACUACUAUGGCACAAGAAGAAUGCGGGCACAGCAUCAACAUCGUCGGCCCAAAUAAGCGGUGCUUCUUCAGAUCCGGCCGCUCAAGCAGCUGCCGACUACUUGUCCAAGCUUGCCCUACAGAAGGGGAGCAAAGACAACAUCACGGUGGUCGUAAUUGACCUCAAGGCACAUAGGAAGUUGAAGAGCAAAGCAUGACACCGCCUCCAUGAACAAUAACUAUAGUCUAUAGGAAGCUAGAAAUGUGGGAAAUCCAAGACAAUUUGUUUAGCCUGCCGCACCUGUACAUUGCUCAGCUCAGUGGUGGUGCUGCAACUGCUUCUUUACCCUCGCCGUUUAUUUGUGCCGAGGGAUGUACUAGUAGUAAUUUUUCAACACGAUACAGACUCCGAAAUCUGAAUCAGGGGUUGAGAUGGGAUCUGGGAAUUUUGGGGUCUCUCAAAGACAAGACAGAAACAUAACAGCAUGUGUAGAGAUGUAGGUAGGGGUCCUAGGACAGAUUGGAUUUCUGCCUCUGGCAUUAAUCGUUUUUGUUAACCGGUAAAGAUACUGCUACUUUGCAAACA